AUGAAACUGGGCUCGUACGUUCUGAGGCGCUGCCGCCAUCCCAAUAAGCGGUGCCAGAGUGACGGCGUGCGGCCUGCUGACAGGGCGGCCUCUGCCGCAGGCUCCCCGGAGCCAUCGUGCUGCUGCUGGCCUGAGGGAGCAGCCACCCCGGCACAGUCCUGCCUCCACCCCUUUGAGGCCAUCGCCACCAGCACCUGCCAUAACGCCAUGCAGACCCAGUGGGUUUACUUCACUUCCAGGGCUUUUGCUUUAUGCCCACAGACGUUUUCGUGGUGGUACUUCAAUACGGUCCCUCGUUACUUCAGGGAGUCUCGGGAGGAUGAUCAGGCGCUUGACUCGGUUUACUUCACCGGCUUUGCCGAGACCGACAAGACCUUCGUGAUUGCUCGCCUUGCCAAGCGUCCUAACGGGAUCUGUGAGAUGUGGCUCUUCCUGAGGGUGGAUGGAAUAGGAGAGUUUGAACACCCACAGCAUCCAAACAUGAUGGUGAGUGAUGAAUCUGAAGAGAUUUGGAGUGGAGGAGGGCUCACUAUUGAAUACAUAGAGCCGCAAACACGCUGGAAAAUCAGUUUCGAUGGAUUACUCAGAAAAGGACCCUACCGACAGCAGUGGAGUGAAGAGGAAGGCGAACUUGUACCAGUUAAAUUCUCCUUCCAUUGGGAGAACUUCACCGAAGUCUUUAACUUCAGUGUCGACAGUCACCCCAGCACGUUUGCACGCGCUUUUGCCCAGGAACCAUGGACCAUUGAGUUCUUCCAGAGGGUCAAAAAACAAAGGGAACAACAUUUCCGACAUGAGCAGUGGGGCCAGUCUGUUGGAGAAAUUGAAAUAGAAAAUCAUGAGAAAACUGAACUUUCCCUCAAAGGCGUUCGGAGCCACUCUUACGGUAUCAGGAACUGGUCUGAGAUUUACCGAUAUGUCAUGAUUUUGGCACGCUUUGCGGAUGGGACUGCGGCACAUUUAACAGUUAUUAAUAUGCCAGCUACCACAACUAACCUCACUGUAGGUUAUGUCUUUUUCCCUGAUGGGAGGAAGGCUGGCAUUGAGUGGUCCAAUGCCUCGCUGACUGAGAUGGCUGAUGAUGGUGUGAUCAAGGAUGAAUAUGGAGUCAGUUUUACUGCCGGUGGCAAGUACUUUGAUGUUUCUGCAACGCUGGAUAAGCAGGCUUGCCCCGUGGUGUAUAACGGCCUGACUGGAAGCGGCGUUUUUCACGAGUGCAUUGCAGAUUUCCGACUGAACGGGUUAACACAAGGCUGGGGCUUGGUUGAAUUUUAUUACAGGCUCCCAUCUCGUAUCUGCUUCCAAAUCAAAACAGUGUUAGAAAUUAAAGGGUGGGUGUCUGGUUAUUCCCCCUCGCCGCAGAACACCAACUCAGCAUCGCUGCUCUUCUUACAGGGACGAAGCCUCCCAGCUGGUUCCGAAUUUGCAGCUUGGUUCAAAAGCCGAAGGAUCCGACCUUUCCUCGUGGCGCCCUGUGACCGACAGCUCGCCCCCGGAAAUGUUUCCAUUUUUGGUAAAGGAAGCAAGAAAAAGGUUUCCAAGGAAGAAUAUGCAAAGGUAUUAGCUAUGGAGAUUUAUGCCCUGCUCAUGACAGCCAACGGGGAUUUGGUGAAAUGUGUGUUAGAAGAGGAGCCGCUGCCACCGCGGUGGCGCUGGAUGCAGCCAAACGAUGCCGCGGGUGUGCGGCUGAAGCCACCCGAGGGACCGACUCUGCUGUUUGUUGCCAUUUCUUCGGAGUCAGCUGGGGUUUAUUUUGGAGGCUUUAAAGUCGCUAAUGGCUACCGGGUUUAUGGCACUUGUGCCUCAAGCACGGUGCGAACAGCCCCGGUUAUCUGCGGCGGGAGCACGCCGAGCCCGAGAGCACAGCCCUGCCCCAGAGAGCCCCAGACGGGGCUUUUGGGUGGAAACAAGCACUUCAGGGGCUUCUCAGAGGAUGAAGGAAGGUUUUUCUCACGCCAGACGCUGCUUUAA